GAUCAACUUAGAACAUAGUGACUGCUCUAUUUAUGUUACUAUAUUUUUACCUGAUACUAUUACAGUUUUUGAAUCUGAUACUGAACAACAAUUUUAUCAAUCUGCUAAAGUUCUUGAAAAUAUAAUUAAUGUUCAUUUUCCUAUAUUAACUACUGAGUCCUCUUUUUCUUCCAACAAAGACCAACCCCAAGAUAAUAUUUUUACAGCAGAAGUUGACUCUUGGAACCCUGCAACUGGCCCACAAUUUCGACAAGUUCUACUUCUUAAAGAUACUAUAUUACAACUUCCUGGAGGUUUUCCUGGCCAACAAACUUGGGAUCACAAUCAAAGUCGACCUACUUCACCUACAGGCUCUGACCGUACUCAAGUCCAUACCAUUGAUUAUACAACUUUAUUUGCUAAUAAUGAGUUUGUAGGAAUCAUCUGA